CGUGUAUGGAGUGGUCACUAGUGGUGUGUUGUGUUUGGUUUCCUUUAAUACAGUGUUUUGGUGUUUGAAUGACAACAACAUUAGAGUUAUUGUGAAAUCCUAUGCGUUAUGUGUUGUGCAGGCAUUCAAACACUACUAUAAACACUGCAAACACUAUCGACACUACAAUAACACAUCCAAAGCUGUAUUUGUUGUCGUUUUUUACAAAACAAUUACAAUCAAAACAAAGACACAACACAUUGUCAUCACACCAUUCACUGCUUGUCCAUCACUGACCACGAAAACACUGUCACCAAUGGAUUCACUGCGAGAACAAGUGAUGAUCAAUCAGUUCGUGUCAGCGGCCGGUUGUGCGCGCGAUCAGGCCAUACAACUGCUCCAAUCAACGCACUGGCAGUUCGAGACGGCGCUCAGUAUGUUCUUCCAGGAGUCCAAUGCCUGCCAUUCAAACCCACACUUUAAAGCCGUGAGUCUUGUUUUCAUCACUAUCUCUAUCCAUGUCUUCAGUCAUAUCAUAUGA